AUGCUCUGUUCGCUACCUCAUCCAGCCUUUAUUGGCAUGGAUCCAGCUGUUGCUAGCAGUGUCGAAUUAUUGGAAGUUCAUCCUCAAGGUGUAACUUACCCUGAUGUCCGUGCCUUAUGCUGCACAUCCACAGCCCCAGAGAUAUUCAUCUCAGCCUAUGCCGAUCGGUCCAUGUUUGUCUUUCGACGAGGUGCAAGUCCUGAUCAGUGGACGAAGUUGUCGAGUUCGCUAGCCCAUGUGGGAGCUGUGACGACAGUUCAGCGAUAUCCGUCGCGGUUCCCUUACCUACCCAGUGGAUCGUUUAUCACUGGAGGUGUGGAUGGUACGGUCAGGAUUUGGAGCAUGGAAAAGAAUGAAAACCAGGUAGGAGGCAUGCACGAACACACCCUGGAGAUUUGAGC